GGCAGCGGUGAGGGGUGGGCGUGCGGGGUGGGGCCUUGGAGCCCAGGGGGGCCGAGCAGCUCACCGCCCAGCCCUGGGUCCCUGCCCCCGGGACUGGCCCCUCCUUGCUCAGAACUGAGCGGGCUGCUCUGUGUGCUCACGAACUUGGGAAAUGACACUUGGACUUGGUUUCAGUGAAGCGAGUGGUCCCAGUCUCGUCUCAAUAAAAGGAAAAGUGCCAGGAAGUAGGGUUAGAGUGUGAUUUCUCCUGGUCCUCGUCCUCACCGCCAUCCUGUCAUGGCAGGGUUUCCCUGCUGGGCUCAGGGACUGCGCGGGCUCCGUGGUGAGGAGGAGGCACCUGGCACUUGAAGACCCUUCGGUCGUGGGGAGAGACGCAGUGCCCACCGGGGCUUCCAGCAGCCACUCUGCUGAGAGUUGCCUGAUGCUGUGUCCUGGCUCAGUCCCAGCAGCCCUGGGAGGUUUGGGAAGGGAGCGCCCUGGCUCGAUCAGCUACCCCACCCUCCCUCCCCUGGUGCUCAGGUCCGGGACACCUGAGUGGCUGCUUGGUGGGCAGGUUCCCCACAGCAGGGAGGCAAGAUGAGUGCCCAGACUGAUCUGGCCCAGGGGUAGGAGAAUGGGGGGCAGCUGCUGGGGCCCUCAGGGAGGAGUCCAGGGUGCUUGGGGAGGCCUGGGGGAGGCCGUCCUGGUGGCACAGGUGUGGCCAGCCCCGCCACCUUGUCAGGGAAGUGGGCAGUGGCCCAGUGGGGCGGGCUGGCCUGUCAGCGUCAGCCCUGCCCACACGCUGCUCCUAGCCAGCGGUGUCUGAGCUGGGCCAGUGAAGGCGGCGAGGCCAGGAGGCCCAGUUCUGCUGCUGUACCGGCCAUGGGGUCCCAAGGCCAGGCUCCCGGGGGGCCCAGGUACGUGGGCCUCUGGGACUUCGAGGCCCGGACAGCCGAGGAGCUGAGCUUCCGGGCAGGGAACCUCUUCCGCGUGGCCAGGAAGGAGGAGGAGUGGUGGUGGGCCGUGCUGCUGGACGCGGCGGGCAGCGCCCUGGCCGAGGGCUACGUGCCCUUCAACUAUCUGGCUGAAGAGGAAACAGUGGAGUCUGAGCCGUGGUUCUUCGGCCGAAUCUCUCGCUCGGAAGCCUCGCACCGACUGCAGGCCAAGGGCAAUGAGCGGGGGGCCUUCCUGAUCAGGGUCAGCGAGAAGCCAGGCGCCGACUACGUCCUCUCGGUGCGGGACGCACAGGCCGUGCGGCACUACAGGAUCUGGCGGCGGGCCGGCCGGCUGCACCUCAACGAGGCCGUGUCCUUCUGCAGCUUGCCGGAGCUCCUGGACCACCACAAGGCCCAAAGCCUGUCCCAUGGCCUGCGGCUGACCUCGCCCUGCAGUAAGCACGUGCCUGAGCCCCUGCCCCCCUGCGACGACUGGGAGAGGCCACGAGAGGAGUUCACGCUCUGCCGGAAGCUUGGGGCCGGCUACUUCGGGGAGGUCUUUGAGGGGCUCUGGAAGGACAAGGUCCGAGUGGCCAUCAAGGUGAUUGCCCGAGACGACCUCCUGCACCAGCGCACGUUCCGGGCAGAGAUCCAGGCCAUGAAGAAGCUCCGGCACAAGCACAUCCUGGCGCUGUACGCGGUGGCCUCCGUGGGGGACCCCGUGUACAUCAUCACUGAGCUCAUGCCCAAGGGGAGCCUGCUGGGGCUGCUGCGGGACUCUGACGAGAAGGCCCUGCCGGCCUCGGAGCUGGUGGGCAUCACAGCGCAGGUGGCCGAGGGCAUGUGUUACCUGGAAUCGCAGAAUUACAUCCACCGGGACCUGGCGGCCAGGAACAUCCUCGUGGGGGAAAACAACACCUGCAAAGUUGGGGACUUUGGGCUGGCCAGGCUCAUCAAGGAGGACAUCUACCUCUCCCACGACCACAGCAUCCCCUACAAGUGGACUGCCCCUGAGGCGCUCUCCCGAGGGCAUUACUCUAUCAAGUCUGACGUCUGGUCCUUCGGGGUUCUCCUCCAUGAGAUAUUCAGCAGGGGUCAGACGCCCUACCCAGGCAUGUCCAACCACGAGGCCUUCCUGAAGGUGGAAGCAGGCUACCGCAUGCCCUGCCCCUCCGAGUGCCCACCCACCACAUACAAACUGAUGCUCUGCUGCUGGCACAGGGACCCCACGCAGAGGCCUGGCUUCAAAGCACUGCGGGAGCAGCUCUCCAGCUGCACCAGGUAUGACAACCCAUGAGGAAGGGCCUGAGCAACCGCGGAUCAAGGAUGUGGGCUGACCUUGAGUUACUGAGGAUUUGUGCUAAGGCUGCAGCUCCUGAACCAACUGGACACUCCCAGGUAGGGGCCCCGGCAGCACUGGGCCCGCCCUGUCCCGGGGCAGGAGAGCUCACCCAGUGCAGUCUGGGGCUCAGACUACCCCUUCCUCCCACCUACUCCUCAAGA